CUCCACAAUUGACUCACAACUACUUACUCUACUCUCCUCUUUCCCCAACACUCGGCUUCGUCUUCUACAAAAAGGAAAAAGGUCAUCUGCUUUGUUGGAGCUGCCAUGGAAGUUUCCGAGACUCGAGAUCCGGACAUUAUAAACGUCGUCGUUUACGGUGUAAUAUCAUGGACAUUGGGUUUCGUUUUGUUAAGAAAAGUAGUGUUUCCAAAUCGAUCUUUUGAGUUUUGCAAUCGCCUCAUCUCAACAAUCCAUGCUUUUUUAGCUGUCACAUUGGCUUCCAUCUCUGUUCAAAAUUGGCGAUGCCCCAUUUGUCCUCUUGCUUCUAAAUCUUCAUCUUUUCAGAUGCAAACAUUGGGUGUGAGCUGUUCAUAUUUGAUAUAUGAUAUGGUGUGUUGCCAUUUUGACAAGAAAGUGAGUUUGGACAAUACCAUCCAUCACUUGGUUAGCAUUGUUGGAAUUGCAGCAGGCUUUGCUUAUCAAAAGUGUGGGUCAGAGAUGGUAGCAGCAUUGUGGAUAACAGAGAUCUCAAGCCCCUUUCUCCAUUUAAGGGAAAUUCUCAAAGAAUUUGGUUACAGAGGCACUGACCUUAAUUUGGCUGCUGAUAUUGGAUUUGCAGUGAUAUUUUCAUUUGCAAGAAUGGUUGGAGGGCCUUAUCUCACUUACAUGACUCUAUCUGCCAAUGUCCCUUUCCUUAUUAAGGCCAUGGCGCUGGGAUUGCAGCUUGUCAGUGCCUACUGGUUUUACAAGAUCGUGAGAAUGAUCAGAUUCAAACUCAAGAACAGAUCUACAUUGAAGAACAGUUAAAUCUUAGCCAACGAAUGUAAAAAAGAUAGAAUUCUAGCAACUUUAUAAUUCAUCGAAUCCCAUUUGAAUGUUCGAAACCAUGACAUCCCAAACAAAAACAGAGCAUAAACUUUGAAAUGAGGUGUGUAUUCGCAGACGAUUAUGUUUAAGAAAAUCAUAAAUGAAAAUCACAAUGAACGAUUUCAUCUUCA